GAUAGGCCAGAACAGGUAUUCGAUCAAAUGAGUCGCAAUUAAACUACACCCCUUUCUUUAAACUCGUUUUUAGGAGUAAUUAAUAUAUUCUCCAACGUGAACUACUCGAAUAUGACCUGUUUCAACAAAUGAUAUACACGUUUUGGGAACUAAAGAGACUCAAAGGUGAGUUAACAUAUACAAAGACAGAGUGAACGUUUUGGUGCAGUUCCCCCGAACUACAGUAGACUGAACAGUUAGUUGGCCAAAUGAAAUGAAAGUGAUCUCGUAAGAUCUAUAAGUCAUCAUAUUAUUGUACUUCAGACCGGCGAGAUCGAGUUGGUGUUUAAUUGCUUAGGCUGCAUCGUCGAUUAUUCUUUGGACGUCCGUGUGUUGCUGUCAUUCAAUAUCUCCUGUGUGUGUGUGUGUGUACUUUUGUAGUACAUACCGUACCCAGCAACAAAAACGACCAAUUCAGCAACAGGUGAAUGGGCACCAACCCCCCCCCCCCCCCCCAGACAUCAGCUUCAACUAGAGCAGAGGCAGAGGCAUUAAGAAGAAUAGGGGGGUCAUUUACUGUGGAAAUGGAGGAAGGGCCGUGUACAGUAGAGAGAUGGAUGAAAUGAGAGUAGACAUGAGUGUGAGAGGUCUAGAUAAACUAGUUGGGUAGGUAUUUAUAUAUGAGGAAGAAGUGUAUUGACAGACACACAGUUCAUAUACUCAUAUCAGCUGAGACCCAUUCACUUAUAGACAGAGAGAGACAGAGCAGGAUGGAGUGUGGAGAGAGUAUCGUGUGUGGGUCUGGGGAGCUGGAUCUGGACCCUGACAUUGUGAGUGAAGAGGCCGGGAAACUGUACUCAGAACUACAGACAGUGAUAGAGACCCAUGGCGUAGGGGUUGUGGAGUCCCUGGUGCCCAUCCUAGUAUGGGUCCUGGAGGGUCUGGCCAGCUGCAGAGCCCAGCUCAGAGAGAGGGAGGAGGAGGCCGAGAGAGAGAAAGGAGCGAGAGAUGAGCUGUUGGAGAGAUACCAGAGUGAGAAACUACUGAGGAGAGAGAGCCAGGAGCGGUAUCUGGAGUUGGAUGACCAGAUUGAGCAGGAGCGGAGGACGAUGAGGGGAAGAGAGAAGGAGAAAGAGAGGCGGGAAAAAGAACUGGAGAAAAAGGCCAGAGAGCAGGCUGACCAAUUGGUGGCCUUGGAGGAGCAGAGGGCUGGACUGGGCAGAGAGUUGAACACACUGAAGCACACUCACAACAAGUUGGUGCUCAGUUAUAAGGAUCUGCUGGAAAGGAAAAUGGAUCUAGAGAGAGAGGGAUCUCCACUAAGUAACCAUGUGCGCUCCAAGAAUUCACAAUCUUCCCAGGGCCCGUCAGAAUCCUGUGUUAGCGGGCAGGAGCUAACUGAUCGAAGGCCAGAAACACCUCCUGAUUCUGUCCUGUUGGAAGAACCGGUAACCAAGGACGAUAGGGUGAUUGACAUUGUCGUAAAGCCAGACAUAGAUGCGUCCUUCAUCAAUGACAUCAUAAGCUCCACCCCUGAGCUGGCGAAGUUUCAUGGCCUUAUGAAUACCAGCACCCCGGUCCGAGCAGACGUUAAAGAGCCAAUCAGAGACGAGACCAAGACCAGCAUGGAGGAAGAAAUGAAGGAGGUGGAGGAGAAAGAGGGAGGAGCAAAGCAGGAAAAGGAAGGAGAGGUGGAGGAAGAUAUGGAUAGUCUGGAAUGGGAGCUGAGAAACACGGAGUCUGUGUUCUCAGAGCUGUCAGAGCUGAGUCGGGAAUACGUAGAGAGUGUGGACCAGGGGGCCAGUGUCAGAGGCAGCACCGACCAGUUUGAGGAGAUUCUUUCUCAGUAUGAGGAACUGAAACACACCCAUGAGUUAGUGAAUGCGGCCCGGAAAGCACUGAUCUCUCGUGUGGAGGAGCUGACCAAUGAGAGGUCAGCUCUUAAAGUGGAGGUGACUUCCUGCCAGGAGACUGUCACCCGAUUGGCGGGAAGAAUGAAGGAGAUGGAGGAGGAAACUAAGAGACUUCGGAAAGAACUGGAAGCAAAUAAAUCAGAUGAUGAUUCCUCUCUGCCCAUAUCGCUGCGUCGGUUCUCUCGUUCGGAGAUGUCCCGUGUUGUCAUGGAGAAGAACCAGUAUAAGGAGCGUUUGUUUGAGCUGCAGGAGGCUGUGAGACGCAGUCAGACCAUUCGGGUCACCCAAGAAGAGAGGAUCACAGAGAGAGAGAGGACUAGUGUAUGGAGAAGAUUCAACCGUUUGUUUGGCCUGAACAAGAACCCCUUGGUUCCGUCCGCUGCUCUAGCGCUGGCCCUGCCGACGUCCCUCACUCACUCACCAAUGGGGUCUCCACGGAAACUGGCUGUCAGUACAACUCAGACAGAUGGUGCCUCCCCUGCUGCAGCCCUGUCUCCGCGCGUCAGGAGGAGGGAGCUGUACAGAGACAUCCGCUCCCAUGUCUGGGGAACCCUGGGAAAACACCAGAUUCAUGGCUGGAGCAUGCCGCGGUCACACACACAGGAUUCCUCAGAGCCGACCCCUGAGCCCAAAGAUGUGCCUGUCCUAGUUCAGCUCAGACUGAUGGACCAGAGAGAUUCUACAGCCAAGCUAAACUGUGCUGUUGCUGUCACACCUGAGAUCUCAGGCGAGACAACGUGUGCUGUGUGGGUGGUCUCUGGUCCCGCCUCCAGUAGUGAUGUCACAGUGAUCAACCCUGCACGGUCCAAUACAGUGCUGGAUCAGUUCAGCCUCCCGCCCACUUCGCCCGCCCUAUGCAUCUGUGCUGUGCCCCCUACUGGUGAGACCUCAGGAACUGUGUGGAUUGGAACUCAGGAAGGAAGUGUAUUGGUCCACUCCGCGUCCACAGCUAGGAGGCGCUGUCUGCAGUCUAUCUCUCUGUCUGAGGGUGUGCACUCUCUCACGUAUUCACAUGGUCAAGUCAUUGCUAGAUUAGCCAAUGGGACGCUUGCAUUCUUCUCGCACAACCCAGGUGGGUGGAAUCUCCAAUCACAUGAGGUUUUGCCUCUGGGAUCAACUCCACUGCAGCCCAUUCGCUGUUGCCUAGCGAAGGGGCGGGCUUAUGGGCAGGAUACUGGAAUCGGGUUCAUGUGGUCAAUGUCGAGAAUAGAAAAGUGGAGCAAACUUUAACCGUCUCGGAGCGCAGUGAGCAGCAGGUACGUUUCCUGUGUGCGGCAGGAAGUGGUGUGUGGACGUCCUGCCGGCUCGACCCUACACUCAGGCUUUUCGAUUGGUCCACUGGCCGUCCCCUGCAGGAUGUGGAU